CUUAUUUUAAAUGUAAUUAUCUUUGGCUUGGUGGAUCGAUUCAACAAGUGUUUUCAGAGCAUUCCCUUCUUGUAUGUUAAAAAAUUACCUAUUAAAUUUUAAUUUACAAUCAGACUGAGCAUGAUUUUUUCGUUUGAUUAAUCUGGAAUGAAAUGAAAGACCAAGAAAGAGUACCUUUACGUGUAGUGUUACGAAAUUUCUUAAAUCAUAUAGAAAAUUUAGAAUCUCAAAGUUGUCCAGAGAAAAGUUAUGAAGCUGAAUUUCAGGACUUGAAAAUAUUUAGUGAAAAUGUCAAAUGUCUCAAAGAAUAUUCUUGUUUGGAAGGUGAGAAAGAAGUUAAUCGCAAGAAGAACAGAUAUAAAGAUAUUUUGCCUUUUGAUGUGAGUCGUGUUGUGCUUAAUGAAUAUGCUGGAAUACCAGGAAGUGACUAUAUUAAUGCUAACUUCAUUAAGGGUGCAAGUGGUUCUCCUGCAUACAUAGCCAGCCAAGGACCUUUGCCCAGUACUGUAAAUGAUUUUUGGAGGAUGGUUGUUCAGUGUGAGGUGCAAGUGAUUGUCAUGGCAUGUAAUGAAGAGGAAGCUGGAAAAGCGAAAUGUGAAAGGUACUGGGUAGAUGAUGGAGAAGAGAAGCAAUUUGGAAUGAUAAGUGUCAAACUCCUUAAAUCCAGUACAGUGUGUCCAGACUUUUCUGUUAGGACUAUGCGUCUCAAAUAUACUAACUGCCAAUCAGUUAUAGAAGAACGAACUGUUUGCCAAUUACAUUAUGUGGCUUGGCCUGACCAUGGUGUACCUUCUGUUGUACAGCCACUUUUAGAUAUGGUGAGACUUGUAAGGGAUACACAAGCAUCAGAAACACUCCCCGUUUUAGUUCAUUGUUCAGCUGGAUGUGGGCGUACUGGUACAAUAUGUGCAAUAGACUAUGUUUGGGGUCUCCUAAGAACAGGGAAAUUGACAAAUGAUUUUAGUCUUCUUGGACUGAUUAGAGAUAUGAGAAAACAAAGGAUAGCUAUGGUUCAGACAAAAGAACAAUAUGUUCUUGUCCACCAAGCUGUAAGAGAACUUUUUAAGGAACAAUUGUGUAUGAUAGAUUCUCAUCCUUAUGAAAAUGUUGAUCCAAAUGGUCUAUUAGUUAUUAAAGAUGAAGAAAAUACAUAUGACUGCAUAGAGUAUGUUUCAACAUGUAGUUCAGAAGAAAAACAUGAUAACAAAAAAGAAAAGGAAAUAAAACCUCCACCAUUACCUUGUAAAAGGAAUUUGACCAUAUUUUCUUCAAAACAUGAAAAAGAUGUUGAAAAUUUGACUGCUCAACAAAGAGCUAUUUAUUCUCUUUCCAACAAUAAAAACUGCCUUAAUAUCAGCCAAAUAAAUGAUAAAAAAAAAAGUAAUAAUAGACCUCUUCUUAAAACUAGCAUUGAUAAGUCAAGUAAAAAGGGGUAUGAUAAUCAGAUCAAAACAGACAAUAACAAACCUAUUCCAUCCAAAGGGAUUUUGCGUGUGCCUCAAUUAGAAACAUUAGCUCCAAAAUGUUCUUCAAGCAUUAAAAGGAGUAAAUCCCUAAAGGUAGUCAGUAGUUUUGAUAAAGGUAACUUAACUUUUUGUCCUAGUAGUCCUAGUGAAAACAAAAGGAGAUCAAGUUUAGAAUCAAAUUUUGAUGAGCUUGUACUUGACACAGAGUAUGCAUUGUAUGAUUUGUCUAAAUUGGAAAUUGAUCAUUUUAAAGAGCAAAGAAUAAAAAAUGUAUCACAAAAACCGAAUAAGUAUGAUAUAAUCAAUAUUCAGGAGCAACGGCCAUUUUUACGGAGCCUCACAUCUCUGGAUUUGCGUCAAAAACUACAUUCUAAUAAUUUCAGUUCAGGAAUUAGUUUAGUGCCAUUUCCAGAUGAAAAAGUCAAACAAAAAUGUAAAUUAUUGAGGUCAAAUACACAAAUUAAUGUUGUUAAAAGGAAUGAUCCUAUGUUGUGUGCUCCUAAACAUUCUCUUGAACCUAAUGCAAUGGAUCAGAAUUCUCAAGGAAAUUCAGAUGAACAUAACAGCCUCUAUUCUCAUUUGCUGAAUUUUUCUGUUUCUGUAGAUAAUUAUAAAGCACAGAGUCUUCAUUUUUCUAGAAGGCAUACUGAAAAUAGCUCUUCAUCUGUGAAACAAAAUGUAACAAAACCAAAUUCUGCUUUGAAAGAACCAUUUCAUCGAAAAAUUAAUGAACUACCUAAAAGUUCAAUACAUUCUUUCCGCAAUGUCAGAAAAAGUAUCUGCAACCAAGUUUCUCGAGACCAAUCGAAAAUACAUUUAACAAAUAUAAGGCCUGAUGCCAAUGCUUUAACUCUUGAUAGUUUUACAGCAGAAAAAAGUUGUAAAUCAGUUUCAAAACAAGAUAAAUGCCCCCCAUUUGGGUUAAAACUGUUAACCUCAAGUUCUCAUUCAGAAAGUUCGGAUUCUUCUCCUAUAAACUACCAAAAUUCAUCCUAUUUAAGAACAAAUCAUUUAAAGCAAAUAAAUGUCAAAAAAAAAAUACAGCAUGGUAAACCUGUAGAAGUACCUUUAAAAAAUGAACCUUCAAUUUCUACUCAUAAUUUUCAAAAAGAUUCUUAUAGCUGUAUUAAUCCUCAUCGAGAAGAUGCUAGAUCAAGACAAAUAAGCGGUAACUAUGAAGAUUUUAUACCUUCCAAUAGUUUUGUAAUUGAUGAUCCUGCUUUCGGAGGCCAUCAUUCUAAUUCUUUUUUUAAUGAUCGUUUAUUCCAUAGUGAUGAUAUGAAUGAUCUUGAACAUGGCCUCUGGAUUGAACGAGACAGAAUGCCUAUUACAUAUAGCAAGCGUAAAUCUAGUAAGGAUUAUUUUGUCAAUAGGUCUAGGCCUCAUCCUAUACUCCAUAAGGCUGAAAACAAAGAUAAUUCACGGACGUUUAACAAUGAGUUGGAUGGAUCUAAAACUAAAGCUUCUUCUGUAAUGAUUGAAUCAGUUAUUGAAACUGAUGGCUGUCGUGAUCUCAAUACAUUUGAGGCUUCGUUUAAUAAAGAUGGGUCUUCUAUAUUAGUGACUCCUAGUGAAAUUAAAUAUCCAAUCCAGAAUAGAAAGAAUGUUCAUCAAUAUAAUGUACCACCUCAUGGUGCAAGAAAUUCAGGGAUGACAGUUUCUAACAACCAUGCUGAUAUAGCAGGUUGUUUAACUAAUCGACCGUGUAAAAGUGCAAUUUCUCAACAAAGAUGUGUUGAAGCUCCCGCCUUCAGUCAAGAAAGUCCCUUUUUUACCACAGACACCCAGAAGAAUUACAGAGAAAGUGAUUGUUUUCAUUCUGCUCCUGGUAUAGAUCUCGAUCAAGUUGCUGCUAGCAUAAAUAAGAAUGAUGGCAACCUUAUGAAGGUUACCCUGGAAGCAUUUCAAGCUCGGAAAACUAAGUUGCAAAUGACACCGAAAGAAAAAGUAUCAUUAAAAGGAACUGUUUAUCCAGACAAUAAUGUUGACAAAAAAAAGCAGCAGCAAUAUCUGUGAUAUUGUUAUUUUAUUGAUAGUUAUUAACCUUGUUAUAUAUUUCAUAAUAAAUUGUUUUUUUUUUUUU